AAAAUGUCUCGUCUUGCUUCUUCUGUGUUACCUUCUUCCCACACCACUUCACUCCGGAACAAGCUCUCGCCUUUUCUUUUCCGCCGCAAUCAAAGCCACCAAAGUCUGAGACUUCGCCGUCGAAAUUCUCAGUUCAUAGCAAUGAGAGCUGUAAUCCAGAGAGUCUCAUCUUCCUCCGUCACGGUGGAUGGUCGAAUUGUUUCCGAGAUUGGUCCUGGUCUCUUGGUGUUAAUCGGAAUCCAUGAAUCAGAUACCGAUUCUGACGCCGAUUACAUAUGUCGAAAAGUUUUGAACAUGAGAUUGUUUUCUAAUGAAACCACUGGCAAAGGAUGGGACCAAAAUGUAAUGCAGAGGAAUUAUGGAGUUUUACUUGUUAGUCAGUUUACAUUGUACGGAUUCUUGAAAGGUAACAAACCUGAUUUUCAUGUCGCAAUGCCGCCUGAGAAAGCAAAACCGUUUUACGCUUCUCUAGUCGAGAAAUUCCAGAAAGCAUAUAAUCCUGAUUCAGUAAAAGAUGGUGUGUUUGGAGCUAUGAUGAAGGUCAGUCUUGUAAACGAUGGUCCAGUCACGAUGCAGCUCGACUCAUCCCAAUCCAACAAGAAUGAGACAAAUGCAUCAGUAGAAUCAUGAACAUCACCCAUCUUCUUUUGGCUGAAAUUAUAGAAUAUUUAUUCAUGUGAAACAUUCAUAGUACAUUGGAAUGUAACUGUUAAGUCCUACAUUAAACUUUUCUGCUUUUAAUCCAAUGCAAAUCUCUAGAUUUGCUAAAUUCUUGA